GGUGUUGAUCAUGAUAGAGAAUGAUCGAAAAAAUGGAAGGUAGUGAAAAAAGGCAGCUACGUAUCAGUCUGAUGCAAACAUGAAGACGCACAAGAAGCUACGUCAGCACUUUUUUUUGAAUUUUUCAAAAGGCUGACGUAGACCACGACACAUGCAUGAUGUUGUACAAAGAAGGAGGUAGCAGCAGCUCUUCUACUCUAGUUGUGGGACUUUCAUGCGCAACAGCAUUGGUGGCAGGGGGCUGUGGUACGUAUUUCGCUUACAAACUUUGGGAAAGAAAAGUAAGGCUGAAGCUGCAUUAGGAGUAGAUUCAAUAAUAUGAUGCUGUUUUUUACUGCCCGACGUCCUUUGUUUUGUCAAGUAGAACUACAUGCUACCACUACAAGUACUAGGUCGUUUUCAAGACUUGCUGCACCGCCUCAACAAGCAUCUAGACUUUACUCAUCAUUUACCACAUCAUCCUCCUCUUCCUCUUCAUCUUCUACGAGCAAGGACAAGAAUGGAGCUUCAAAGAGAACGGCUAGAGAGAAUGUCGCAACGAAGCGACCAGAUCCGAUAACGGCAGCAGCUCUAGCUAAAGGCAAAGCGAAAAAACUCAACCUGGACAAGGUGAAGCGACAUGUUUUCCUAUGCUGUGACAUGACUAAAGACAAAUGUUGUGCGCGCGAAGAAGCUAACGAGAGCUGGGAAUUUUUGUUAUGGCUUCGUCGAACGAUCAUUCAGAAUCAGAAUUAUAGAUUUAGACAUUGGGAUUUUAAGGUAGUAGAAGGAGGAUAGCGAGGACAGGUUCCACCAUCAUCUGCUUGACAAAUAAAGAUAUUCCUCCAUCAUUUUCAUCUUCAUCUUCUCCAACCCAGACAUCCUCUUCGUCCUCUAAUCCUCAAGAAGCGCCUGAAGGAAUUAGGUCUCGCCUCCGAGAAUGAAGGAGGCUAUGUCGCACGAACGAAAGCAGAUUGCUUGCGGAUAUGCGCCAACGGUCCCAUUGCUGUCGUUCACCCGGAUAAUGUGUGGUAUCAGAGGUGUACGCCUGACGCCUUAGAAAACAUCAUCCAGAAACAUUUGAUCAACGGUGAAGUGGUGGAAGAGAAUAGAAUUAGUUCUCAGUAGACUUGAGUCUAGAAGAAGUUGACUGAGCUGAGAGACAUCUUCACAUGAAACAAGUUCUGUUGUCGUACAGAUUCAUAAGACUGUUCACCAGAUGCAGAACCAGAUGAAGGAUGUUGAUCUUCAUCUCACAUGUUUCUUGGGCUUGAAGGUCGUUCGGCGUCGAGAUGAAGGAACAAGAGUGUUCAUUCUUAGCUUGUCGUCCACUCACAGACACAGAGACAGAAACAGAAUGGCAAAGUGGUUCUAUCCAAAGAGGAC